GGAGAGAGAAACUUCCCUUCCCCUUCUGCCUUUCUCAGAAAACCAAACAUGGCAUCUUCCAUGAGGAGCUUGUUUUCUGAUCAUGGCAGAUACGUUGAAGCUUUUCGCCGGUUUCUGGCUAAUUCCACGGAGCACCAGUGCAUGCAGAAUUUCAUUGAGGAGAAGCUGCCAGGCAUUAUAGCAAGGAUUGGAGACACAAAGUCAGAAAUUAACAUUCUAAGCAUAGGUGGUGGAGCAGGGGAAAUUGACCUUCAAAUUAUUUCUCAAGUUCAAGCUCACUAUCCAGGAAGUCACAUCAACAAUGAAGUAGUUGAACCAAAUGCUGAACAAAUCGCCAAAUACAAAGAGCGUGUAGCCACAGCAUCAAACCUCAAGAACAUAAAGUUUGCUUGGCAUCAGGAGACAUCAUCUGAAUAUCAAAAUAGAAUAACGGAGAAAAAAGAGCUUCAGAAAUGGAACUUUAUUCACAUGAUUCAGAUGCUGUAUUAUGUAAAAGAUAUCCCAGAUACUCUGAAAUUUUUCCACAGUCUCCUGGAUACCAAGGGCAAGAUUCUUAUUAUUCUUGUGUCAGGAACCAGUGGUUGGGACAAACUAUGGAAAAAGUAUGGAUCCCGCUUACCCCAAAAUGAUCUCUGCCUCUAUGUGUCAUCUUCUGACAUCACCCGAACCCUGGAAACUUUGGAAAUUAAAUAUGAAUGCUUUGACCUUCUGUCUACAAUGGAUAUAUCAGAUUGUUUCAUUGAAGGCAAUGAAAAUGGAGAGUUACUUCUGGACUUUUUAACAGAAACCUGUCACUUUAGCAAAACUGCUCCACCUGAUCUCAAAGCUGAGAUUAUUGAAGACCUUCAAAGGCCAGGAUUCAGUAUAAAAGAAAGGGGAAAGAUUCUUUUUCACAAUCACUUGAGUUUCAUACUGGCUGAGGCAUAACUCAGGUGUUCAUCUAUCAUUCAACAAGCAUUUAUUAAGUACCCACUGUGUGCUGGGUACUGUUCCCGGUAGGGAGGUGAGGGGGAAUUCAAAAGCAGAAAAAGAGUGUCCUUCCCCUGAAGGAGUGUAUAUUCUAUAGGAGAAGAUAACAUGUGCAUAUAAGCAUAUGCAAAAUAGGUCAAUUCAUUUGGAAAUUACAAGGUACAGAAUUAGCAGUAAUUUACUCUUGCAUUAUAAUACAACAUAUAACAUUCUUAAUAUAUCACAAUCUCAUAUAAGUUGAGGCUGAGCAUAAUCCAGACCUGAGACAAUCUGAAAAGUUCAUUACCUUCUGUCAUCUAGAUAGACAGACAGAUAGAUAGAGAUAUAAAUGGCAUUUUAUUUAUUUAUUUUGGUGAGACAAUCGGGGUUAAG